AUGCCACCCAAGUCGCAACGCCGGGCUCCCAGCUCCUCCUCAGGCGGGCUGGCAAAUACGUACCUCCUCGCAUACAACUUGGUCUCGGCAGUAGCAUGGGCAUCGGUGUUUGCGCGGGUCGUUCAUCUUGCGGCGAAGGAGGGUGUGCAGAAUGGGAGGGUGUAUGAGCAGACGGAGAGGUAUGCUCGAUUGGUGCAGACGGGUGCGGUUUUGGAGGUGGUGCAUUCGCUAGUUGGUCUCGUGCGCGCACCCCUCUUGACGACGCUCAUGCAGGUCGCCAGCCGCUUGCUGCUCGUCUGGGGCGUGGGGUACCAUUUCCCGGAAACGACGAGGGAUAGUCCUGCGUACGCGAGUAUGCUGGUUGCGUGGAGUGUGACGGAGGUGGUGCGGUAUUCGUACUUUGUCUUUGUGCUUUCGGGACAGGGUGUCCCGAGGCUGUGGACGUGGUUAAGGUACAACACCUUCUUCGUCCUGUAUCCCCUCGGCGUCGCGAGCGAGACCUGGCUUAUUUAUAAGGCGAUUGGGCCUGCGGAGAAGAGGAAUGAGUACCUGGCGUAUGGGCUUUGGGCGGUGUUGGCGACGUAUGUGCCGGGAUUUUAUACGCUGUUUACGCAUAUGUUGAGGCAGAGGAGUAAGGUCGUGGGGAAGAAGAGGGUGUAG